GAGGUUAAAAUCAACUCAGAACGGUGGAGGGAGGGAGAGAGAGGGGGCAGAAAACGCCCUUGAAAUCUGGUUGAUCAAGAAAUCGAAAAAGACUGACAGAGUCCUAGCAGACUGCGAAGGCGUGACAGUGUGAAAGUGUUUUUCUUGGAGUGAGGAGAAGUGGAGAAGUUUUCAAGGAUGCUCAAGCAGGCGUGAGGCUUCUAGGGCGCUAAGGCUGCGCACAGAAGUCAAGAAUACAAGAACAGAAGCAAUAAACUGAAGCUCCUUGGCUUUGCUUGAGCAAUCCAAGGAAAACAAAGAGAAUUUGUGCUACAACGAGGCUUGAAUUGAAGAAAACAAAAACAAGAUGGCUGACGAAGAGGAGACAAGGGAGGUACUCUUUCCAGAUUGGGAAGGUGCUGACAAAACUGGCAUGACCAUUGAACAGACAAGUGGAGGACAGCUCUUUGUUAAGGAGGUGAAAGGAGAGUCACCAGCAGCACGGUCUGGAAAAGUAUAUGAAGGUGACCAAAUUGUGGGUGCCACUAUCUACUUUGAAAAUAUGAGUUCUGAAGAAACAGCAGAGCUACUAAAGACACUGAACAAACACAAGGUUGGACUGAAACUACAAAACAAAGGAGACAAAUCCCCUUACUACUCACCGCUGAGCACACCAUGUCGUUCACCAGUCAGCACCCUUACAUGGGAAGGAAAGACCCGCUUUGGAGAUUCCAGUCCAGAUAUCAUUCUUAGUGGGGAUGAUGAAGAUUAUAAGCGAAUAUACACAAGAAAGAUAAAACCAAGGCUGAAAUCUGAAGACCUUGCAGAGGGAGUGGAUGUUCGCACGGAGCGGCACAGCAGCACAAGCAGCGAUGGCAGCACAAUUACUACCAUCACUCGUCGUAUCACUACUUACACAGUAGAUAUGCCAAGUGGCAUAAGUGAGCAACUUGAACUUUCAAGCCCAGACGUCAAAGGGCUAAGGCACGAAUCUGGAGAUGGAUCUUCUCAUAUCAGAAUCUCACAUGGCAGCCCUUCAGGUAAAAUGGGAGCAGAAGAAGGUGUUUUUGAGUCAGGCGACAUAACUUACACUGGGCCAAAUAUCACUUCCACUGUGACACGCUGGGGCAAUGGUGGGGUUCAAACUACAACGCAUAUAGGAGAGGAAAAAGAAAGAAGUGAUCUUAGAUUUAAGGUUCCUAGCUUUGGAGUAACAGGUAGUAAAUGCCAUGAAGGCACUGAAACUUCAAGAGGGAGUAGCGAGCAAGGAGAUGAAAGUGUUCAGGAUUCAGAAAUGACUGUGACACUAAGAGACAACAAAAACACUGCCGGCAGCCAUGUUACAGCUGGGUCAGGGGGUGCUGGGAUAAUUUCAACUGACGAAAACGGAGGGUCGGGUAGACUGUCUUUACCAGGAAAAGGAAUGAAAAUUUUGACUGCAACCACAGAGAAAACACAGAUGGGAAGUUCAGACAGUACUUUAGAUGAGAGGACAAAAGUUAAGAUAUCUGGAAUUACAAUCAGUCCCCUGCAGACGAAAGGAUCAGGUAGUACUGACAUUCCACAUAUCAGAAUAGGAGGGUCGACAGAUACUAGUGCAAAUUUGAAAGAUGGCAGGAUAGAAAAAUCAACAAUAACAUUAGAUAAUGUUACCUCGGGACUUUCUUCAAAAAAAUCUGAACUGGACAUCAAAGGAGCCGGUGUUCAGAUCAAGGGCCCCAGAGCCAACACUGAAGGGUCAGUUUUGAGUGUAAGACAUUCAGAGUCUGAAAGUGACAUCGGAAGUGCUGAAAUCAACUCUAAUAUUCAAAUCAAACUCCCAACAACUGAUAGCAAAUACAAAAUGGAUGUUAAUGUUCCAUCCAUAUCUGGGCUGAAUAAGGUUGAGGGAAAAGGUGAUUUAACUGGUGAGAGAAAAACAGCAGGACUGAAAUUUGACAUUAAAGGUUCAAAUACAGACACUGAGAGGAAAGAGGGAACAAACGCUCAUGUACAAAUUCCUGAAGCUGACAUUAAAGCAAUAAAACCUUCUAUUGACAGUAAGGAUGUAAAAAUUAAAGGACCCAGUGUUGAUAUUAAAAGAACACAAGUAAAUGUCACAGUGCCUGCUGCAGAAUUUGGAGUUCCAAAAGCAGAGCGUCUAGAUGUUGAUCUAAAACUUUCCAAAUCCAAAACUGACACCAAAAUACCUAAAGUUGAAAAUAAAGCAGGGAUAAAAGGGGAGAUAAAAACACACGAGAUUGAUGUCAAAGGUCUAGAGAUAAACCUUCCCAGGACUGGUAUUGAUGUUAAAGCACCUGAUUUUGAUAUUACAGGACCGCAAGUGGACACAGAAGACCUUGAUGUGAAUCUCAAAGGAUCAAAAAUAGAACCUCCAUCAUUGUCGGGAACUAAACUGAAAGAUUUGGAUAUGAGUGUGAAAGGUCCCAAAAUGAAGGGAAAUGUUGAUGUUCCAAACCUUGAGAGGGAUAUAAAAACUCCAAAAAUGAAGAUUGAAGGAAAAGAAAUUGACAGUGAAGGCCAAACCAGUGGACUUAUUAUGUCCAAUAUUAAAAUGCCAUCUCUUUGCAUAAAAGGUCCAAAGCCUGAAGGUCAGGAUGUGAAUAUUAACCUUUCCAAGACUGAAAUUAAUGUUAAAGCACCUGAAGUCGAUGUAUCAUCAUCACGGGGACCCAAAUUGGAGGAGUUCAACAACACUGUAAAAGGGCCAAAACUCAAGGGAGAUGUUACUGUAUCAGCUCCAAAGAUUGAGGGAGACCUACAAGCUCCAAAAGUGGACAUUGAAGGAAGAUAUGUUAAUAUUGAGGGCCAUAAAGGAGGACUUAAAAUGCCCAAAGUUGAGAUGUCAUCCUUUGGUGUGAAAGGUCCAAAGGUUGAAGGUCCAGAUGUUGAUGUAAACCUUCCUAAAGGUGAUAUUGAAAUGAAAGCACCCAACAUUGAUAUUAAAGGAGCGGACAUUGAUGUUGAGGGUCCGAGUGGAAAGAUCAAAGGACCACAAUUCAAGAUGUCAGGUAUAUCCGGGCCCAAAGUUUCCAUGCCUGAUGUGGAUUUCAAUCUGAAAGGCCCCAAAGUUGAAGGUGAGGUGGAUAUUCCAAAGAUUGAAGGAAAAGUGAAAGCACCAGGACCAGGAGUUGACAUUGAGGGACCGAAAGUUGACAUUGAAGGUCCAAAAGGUGGAUUUGAAAUGCCCAAAAUUAAAAUGCCAACAUUUGGCUUUAAAGGUCCAAAGGUGGAGGGUCCAGAUGUUGACAUAAAACUUCCCAAAGCUGAUGUGAAUAUCAAAGCACCUGAAGUUGAUAUUAGAGGACCAGAAAUCGAAGGCUCUGAUGCCAAACUCAAAGGACCCAAAUUCAAACUGCCAUCACUGUCAGGACCCAGCCUACCAGACUUUGACAUUAAUUUGAAAGGGCCCAAACUCAAGGGAGAUGUUGAUGUGUCCGCUCCAAAGAUUGAGAGAGACAUAAAGGCACCCAAGGUGGACAUUGAGGGACCAGAUGUUGACAUUGAGGGCCACAAAGGAGGACUUAAAAUGCCCAAAUUCAAAAUGCCAGGCUUUGGUAUGAAGGGUCCAAAAGUUGAAGGUCCAGAUGUUGAUGUCAGCCUUCCUAAAGGGGAUAUUGACAUCAAAGCCCCGGAAGUUGACAUUAAAGGAGUCGACAUUGAUGUGGAGGGUCCGAGUGGAAAGAUCAAAGGACCAAAAUUCAAGAUGCCAAGUUUAUCCGGGCCCAAAAUCUCCAUGCCGGAUAUGGAUUUCAAUCUGAAAGGCCCCAAAGUUGAAGGUGAUGUGGAUAUUCCAAAGAUUGAAGGAAAAGUGAAAGCACCGGGAGUCGACUUUGAGGGACCAAAAGUUGACAUUGAAGGUCCAAAAGGUGGAUUUGAAAUGCCCAAAAUUAAAAUGCCAACAUUUGGCUUUAAAGGUCCAAAGGUGGAGGGUCCAGAUGUUGACAUAAACCUUCCCAAAGCUGAUUUCAAUGUCAAAGGACCUGAAGUUGAUAUUAGUGGACCAGAAAUCGAAGGCCCUGAUGCCAAGCUCAAAGGACCCAAGUUUAAACUGCCAUCACUGUCAGGACCCAGUCUACCAGACUUUGACAUUAAUUUGAAAGGGCCCAAACUCAAGGGAGAUGUUGAUGUGUCCGUUCCAAAGAUUGAGGGAGACAUAAAGGCACCCAAGGUGGACAUUGAGGGACCAGAUAUUGACAUUGAGGGCCACAAGGGAGGACUUAAAAUGCCCAAAUUCAAAAUGCCAUCCUUUGGUAUGAAGGGCCCAAAAGUUGAAGGUCCAGAUGUUGAUGUCAGCCUUCCUAAAGGGGAUAUUGACAUCAAAGCCCCGGAAGUUGACAUUAAAGGAGCAGACUUCGAUAUCGAGGGUCCGAGUGGAAAGAUCAAAGGACCAAAAUUCAAGAUGCCAGGUAUUUCCGGGCCCAAAAUCUCCAUGCCUGAUGUGGAUUUCAAUCUGAAAGGCCCCAAAGUUGAAGGUGAGGUGGAUGUUCCAAAGAUUGAAGGAAGAGUGAAAGCACCGGGAGUUGAUAUUAGUGGACCAGACCUUGAAGAUCCUGAUGUAAAAUUGAAAGGGCCAAAGUUCAACCUUCCAUCACUUUCAGGACCCAGUCUACCAGACUUCGACAUUAAUUUGAAAGGCCCCAAAGUUAAGGGAGAUGUCUCAGCUCCAAAGGUUGAGGGAGACAUCAAAGGCCCCAAGAUGGAUAUCCAAGGUCCAGAGAUUGACAUUCAAGGACCCAAAAGUGCACUUAAUAUGCCCAGUAUUAAAAUGCCAUCUUUUGGUUUGAAAGGUCCAAAGGUUGAGGGUCCAGAUGCUGACAUACACCUUCCCAAGGCCGAUAUCAAUGUAAAAACACCGAAAGUUGAUAUUACAGUGCCAGAAGUUGAAUGUUCCUAUGCAAAACCAAAAGGACCCAAAAUGAAACUUCCAUCAUUGUCUGGACCUAAGUUGCAGGGCCCCGACAUUAACAUUAACAUUCCCAAACCCAACAAUGAAUUUAAAACAUCCGAUAUUGGAAUUGACCUAAAAGGGCCUAAAGUUAAAGGUGAAGUGGAUGCAUCGGUGCCCAUGUUUGAAAGUGACAUAAAAGGUCCAAAUGCUAACAUCUCUAAUGAUGAUGAAAAGACUGCUGUUACCUUUCCUAAGUUUAAAGGUCCUAAGUUUGCAAUGAAAACCCCAGUUCUCGAAGAGUCUAAAUCCAAUAUCAAGAUGCCCAGUACAGCACCAAAAAGUCUCAAAACAGAAGUUAGUUUCCCAGAUACUGACGCAAGUGUUGAUGCCCCUGAUAUUGACAUCAAUGUAAAAGGGAAAAAAGGAAAAUUUAAACUUCCAAAAGUUAAAGGAAAGGCAAAGAAACCUGAUGUUGACAUAGAAACACCAGCAACAGAAAUCAAUGCAGACAUAACAAACAGUUAUGCUAAAGGAACAAAAACAAAGAAGUCUCGGUUUGGAAAGCUUCAUUUUCCUGAUGUAGAAUUAGAUAUAAAAUCACCAAAACUAAAAGGAGAUGGAUCUUUAUCUGCCAUUGAUGGCUCUGGCAGUCAUAGUGCAAAUGUUAACUUGGAAGGGUCGAACAUGAAAGUAAAAUCUUCUAAUAUUAAAAUGCAAAGCGGGACUGAUUCAGAAAUAAACGCAAGUGCUUCAGGAGGAGGUGCAAGUGGUGGCCUUCAGUACCCAGAGGGUAAAGUCACAUUUACCAAAAUCACAAUGCCAAAGUUUGGCAUUGUGUUACCACAGGUGGAAACCAAAGAAAGUGGAGGAAAUAUUGAAUCAGAACCUGCAGCUAGUGUAGACAUCAAGACAGAAUCUCCAUCUAUUGGUUGCCAAGUCAGUUCUCAAAAUAUUGAGGUUCCCAGUCCAGAGCUGAGACAAGAAGGCAAAGUUAAGGUAAAGAUGCCAAAAAUUUUUGGCAAAUCAAAAGCGAAGGGCAGUAGUGUAGGUGACCUUCACGGAUCAGAGGGAGAAUUAAGUAGCAGUGGAAAAGCAGGUAAGACCUCUAAAGAGCUAAGUGUACAUUCUGGGGAAAUGAUGGGUGGAAAAAUAGAAUUAGAGGGUGAUCCUGGACUGGGUUUGUCAACUAAAGGCAAAUCGGCCUCACUUGAUCUUUUUAAGAAAUCAAGACAUCGAUCUUCUUCUUUCAGUGAUGAGGGGGGAGUUAGUUCUCCUUCAGCUCAAUUAGAGGCUGAAGGUGGUGACAUUUCUUUAGAUCUCGGAAGCAAGGUCAAGGGAAAGAAAGGCAAGCUUAAGUUUGGUACUUUUGGAGGUUUUGGUUCAAAGUCAAAGGGCUCAUAUGAAGUGACACUGGGAGAUGACAGUGAAGCACGAAUGGAGGGAAGUGCAGGUGUUUCGCUACCUGCUAAAAAAUCAAGACUGUCUUCAUCCUCUAGCAGUGAUAGUGGUUCAAGAGGUGGUUUCAGGUUCCCCAAAGUUGAGCUAUCAGUUUCACCCACAAAGUGAUAAAGAGACAAAUUAAAACCUCAAUUGCAACCAAAUGUUUUCUCCUAAUAUUGAAAAUUGCUCUUUGUUUCUUUAAAACCUAAGGAGACAUGCACAAUCAUCUCAGUGUGGUUAAUUAUGAAUAUCUUUUAGUAAUCAAACAGAAGUGCAUGAGAUUGUUUAAAAUCCCUUCAAACUGUAAAUAAGAUUAAUUUGUAAUGAUAAAUAUUGUUUUUUGUAUAUAGUCCAGAUUUAAUAAAUAUAUGCCAUCUCACAUCAAUAGUUUGUUACAGGGUUUUCUCACUGUGUUCUUUUUCAUUCUAUUAAAUAAAUGUUAAUGAAUGGUUGUGGUAUAUUUGUGUCCAGGGGUCUAUUGCACAGAACCAAUAUGUUUUUUUUAAAGAUUAAAAUGUUGUUUAUUCACUCAAAUACAGUUACCUUUUUAAGUAGGGAGUGAUUUUAUUUUCAAACUUUAAUAAUAUAUAAUCAGUAAGUAAAGAUGCCUUUUUAUAACACAUUGUAAAGAGUGAUAAUGUAUAUACCAAUACUGCAACUGUUUUUACAUUUUCAAGUGCUGUCAGUAGUAUUCUGUUCAUUUUAAACAAAAUGUAUCUGCUUAAAUUUGCCGUUUACCACAAAUAUUCAUUUGGUUCAGUUAUUUUAAACAGGAUCUCUUUCCUAAUCAUGUGUUAUUGUCACUCAUUAAUGGUCUGUUUAAUGAUUUUAUUUCAUUCUGUCACUCUCUCUCUUUGUAUACACACCAUAUGCUUGCAUUAAGUGUCACAAAUAGUACCCCCUUGAUGUUAAUUUGUUUGCAUACAAAUUCUUUGUUGAUAGACAAAGAAAUAGUAUUGACUAGAUGCAAGAGAGAUCAUUAUUUGGGUCUAUUUUUUUGUGUGCAAUCUGCCAAAUAAACUAAAUAAAAAAACUUUUUGAAUUCAAA